GUGAGUGGGUCUCGCAGCCAUCGCCUUGAGCAUACAUCAUUGCACGAAUUUGUGAUACAUAGUGGCAGAUAACCAGCACACAGCAUGAGCAGCAAUCAGAUCCUCGCUCCCAAAGUCGAGAAGCCGUCCGACAGAGCUUGGUGGAAGUCCGCGACCGUAUACCAAGUUUAUCCGGCAUCGUUCUGUGAUCAUGGAUCAUCUGGAUUCGGGACCAUCAAGGGAAUCACAAGCAAAGUGCCCUACCUCAAGGACCUCGGCGUGGAUAUUCUUUGGCUCUCGCCAAUCUAUCAAUCGCCCUUGGCAGAUAUGGGGUACGACAUAAGUGACUAUCAAGCGUUGGACAAGCGAUAUGGAACGCUUGAUGACUGGAAAGAGCUGCGAGAUGAACUCCACAAACGAGGCAUGAAACUCGUCAUGGACCUCGUUGUGAAUCACACCUCGGAUGAGCAUGCGUGGUUCAAAGAGUCGAAGAGCUCAAUUGACAACUCAAAAAGGGAUUGGUAUAUUUGGCAACCGUCCAAAGUCAAUGAGAAAGGUGAGAAGAAACCGCCUAAUAACUGGAAGUCAAUCUUUGGAGCUGGACCAGCUUGGGAGUAUGACGAGACCACAGACCAGUGGUACUGUCACACUUUUCUCAAAGAGCAGCCCGAUUUGAACUGGGAAAAUCCGACGGUCAGAAAGGCUAUAUGGGAUAUGAUGCAUUGGUGGAUGAAGCAGGGCUGCGAUGGGUUCCGAAUGGAUGUCAUCAACUUCACUUCCAAAGCGCCGGGCUUCCCUGAUGCUCCUAUUGUCGAUCCCAGCAGGGAAUACCAGCCGUUUGGAAACUUAUCCAUCAACCGGCCACGGGUGCAUGAUUUCCUGAAGGAAAUGUACAAGGAGGUGUUGGAGCAAUACGACUUGUUCUGCGUGGGUGAAUGCCCUGGUGAUGAGCCUGUUUCUGCAUUCGCGCCAUACUCCAUUCCUAGUAACAAGGAACUGCAGAUGGUAUUCCACUUCCAUCACCAAGGGUUCGACCGUGGACGAGGGGGCUUUGGACGAACGGCCAAUUUCGACUGGAAGCUUUCAGAUUUCAAGAAGGUCUUCAACCACUGGCAGGUCGAGAUGGAGAAGGAGGGUGGAUGGAAUUCCAACUAUCUGGAAAACCAUGAUCAACCCCGCACAAUCUCACGUAUUGCCUCUGACCAUCCCGAGGACCGCGCCAAAUCUGCCAAGCUAUUGAGCAUGUUCCAUUGUUCCCUCGGCGGCACUAUCUUCAUCUACCAAGGGCAGGAAUGGGGUCUCUGCAACGUGCCCAGAUCUUGGGGUGAAGAAGAAUACAAAGAUAUUGAGACGAUCCAAGAGAUUGAGGGCGAACGUCAACACAGAAAAAAAGCAACUGGAGAGGCGAAUCCAGACGUCAGCGAUGUGUUGAAAUACAUGCGACAGACGGCGCGGGAUAACGGAAGGACGCCGAUGCAGUGGGAUGACUCGGACAACGCCGGCUUCUCCAAAGGAACGCCUUGGAUGCGAGUACAUGAUGAUUAUAAAGAGUGGAACGUUUCUGCUCAAUCGAAGGACGAUGCAUCUGUCCUGGCUUUCUGGAAGAAGAUGCUCCGGAUCCGCAAGCAGUACGAGGCUUUGAUUUAUGGCAUCUUUGUUCCCAUUGAUGAAGACAACGAAUCUACCUAUGCCUACGUCCGGGAUGACAAGACGAAGAACGAAAAGUUGUUGGUCAUUCUCAACAUGGCCCGGGGCACUGGACGCGGCGAAAAAUCCACAUUCAACAUCCCAAAGGAUAUUGACGUGUCCAAGGCCAAGCUUCUCAUCAGCAACGGAUCUGAGGCAGAGGGCUCUAGUUUGGCAUCAGAUGUACUAGACCUUGAGCCAUUCGAGGGCAGAAUUUAUUUGCUGUGAGCGGUUAUCGAAAUGCAUGCGUGAGGUGUUC